AUGGACGAGAAAGAGGUCGAAAAGGAUGUCGAAAGACAUCAGAGUCCCUCCCUACCGCCAGCUACUGCCUCUCGCACAAACACUAGCUGGUCCCGUACCUCAUCGACGACAUUUGCAAAAGAGCUGCCACGCCAAGACACGUUGCGAUCGUCCACCUCGUCGUCCACCACCUGUCCAUCGAGACCACUAGAGCGACGACAGACAUGGAAACCCGAGGCCGAGGCUCUGCACGGGUAUCCCAUGCUUGCAAGAUUCUUGGGCACAAGAGAGAACUAUGCCAUUUAUCGAAGUUUUACGGCCCUCAAUGCUCGCAAUUUACUCUAUCAUCAAGCUAAACUCACCCAUUUGGAGCAUGAGAUGCAUGAAAUUGAACAAGAUUUGGAACAUGAACAAUUGCACUAUAAAGUGCAACAUCUCUUCGCAGACGACACCACUUGCGAGCCCGGCACGCCAGGCCAUAAGCUACGAGGCAAAUACAAAGAACUCAGCCAUGCUCUCGACAAAUACAACCACCUGCUCCUCCAACAGAGCAAACUCCACCGCCUCUCCCACCCAGACGGCACCUUUGUCGAGUCCAUUUGGAACUUCAUCAACAACCAAGCCACGCCAUGUCCCAAUUGGCUGCAACAUCCCGAAAAUACCGCCUACGCCAUCAUCGACGGCACUCACACGUCUUUACAAGACGACCUCGUCACACUGAACCGCGCCUUUCGCGAACAAGACCCUUUUACCAAAUUCUUCACCUCGACCUUCCUCACCUGGUGGCACGGAAUAUACUCUCGAUUCCGCGCCCCGGACGGCGACAUGGGCGAAUACGUCUACGGCGACGCGAACGUCAGCACAGUGAUGCGAGCAUUUGUGAUGGUGUUGGCAUCGGCGUUACCGACGUGUUCGAUAGUCGCGUUGUAUUUUAUUGAAGAUACGAUUCGACGAUUGGCGUUUAUUGUCAUGUUUAGUGCGGUGUUUGCUUCUGCUUUGACGCUGUUUACGGAGGCGAGGAGUAUUGAUGUGUUUACGGCUUCGGUCGCGUUGGCGAGUGUGCAGGUGGUUUUUGUGGGGACUGCGUUUGGGAGUAAUGGGGAUGGGCAGGCGAGGGGUUGA